AUGCGCCUCCUCCAGCUGCUCCUGCUCCUGGCCGUCGCCGCGGGCGCGGCCGGCGCGGCGGGCAGCGGCACGGACACGGACGCGGACGCGCUGCUCGCCGCGAAGGCGGCGCUCUCCGACCCCACCGGCGCGCUCGCGUCCUGGGACGCCGCCUCCUCCGACCACUGCACGUGGGCGGGGGUCACCUGCGCGCCCCGGGGCUCCGGCGGCGUGGUCGUUGGGCUCGACGUCUCCGGGCUCAACCUGUCCGGCGCGCUCCCGCCGGCGCUGUCGCGGCUCCGCGGCCUGCAGCGCCUCUCCGUCGCCGCCAACGGCUUCUACGGGCCCAUCCCGCGGUCGCUCGCGCGCCUACAGCUCCUCGUCCACCUCAACCUCUCCAACAACGCCUUCAACAGCUCCUUCCCGCCUGCGCUCGCGCGGCUCCGCGCGCUCCGGGUGCUCGACCUCUACAACAACAACCUCACCAGCGCCACGCUGCCGCUCGAGGUCACGCACAUGACCAUGCUCCGCCACCUGCACCUCGGCGGCAACUUCUUCUCCGGGGAAAUACCGCCGGAGUACGGCCGGUGGCCCAGGCUGCAGUACCUUGCGGUGAACGGCCUCACCGGCAGCAUACCCUCGGAGCUGGGCUACCUCAAGAGCCUCAGUUCUUUGGACCUGUCGAACAAUGCGCUCACCGGUGAGAUACCGGCGAGUUUCUCCGAGCUCAAGAACCUGACGCUGCUCAACCUGUUCCGGAACAAGCUGCGCGGCGACAUCCCCGACUUCGUCGGCGACCUGCCAGCCUCGAGGUGCUGCAGCUGUGGAGAACAACUUCACCGGCGGUGUGCCACGCAGCCUCGGCCGCAACGGCCGCCUCCAGCUGCUCGACCUCUCGUCGAACAAGCUCACCGGCACGCUGCCGCCGGAGCUCUGCGCCGGGGGCAACCUGCAGACGCUCAUCGCGCUCGGCAACUUCUUGUUCGGUGCCGUCCCAGACUCACUCGGCCAGUGCAAGUCCUUGAGCCGUGUCCGUCUCGGGGAGAACUACUUGAAUGGCUCAAUUCGAAGGGGCUAUUCGAAUUGCCGAAGCUGACUCAAGUUGAGUUGCAAGAUAACCUCCUCACUGGUAAUUUCCCGGCUGUGAUCGGUGCUGCGGCUCCUAACCUUGGCGAGAUCAGCCUGUCCAACAACCAGCUUACGGGAGCAUUGCCUGCAUCUCUUGGGAACUUCUCUGGUGUUCAGAAGCUGCUGCUUGAUCAGAACGCGUUCUCUGGUGCCAUACCUCCGGAGAUUGGGCGGCUGCAGCAGCUCUCCAAGGCUGACCUUAGCAGCAACAAGUUUGAGGAGGUGUGCCACCGGAGAUUGGGAAAUGCCGGCUUCUCACUUACUUGGACAUGA